AUGAUUGACGCCAACGGAAGGACGCUGCGGAGGAGGAGGAGGAUACCUUUAGACCCCGAGGUCAAGGAUGGCAUAGUGCAGUUCGACGCCAUGAGCAGCCCAAUUGACUCGACAGAGUCUGAAUCAGAAUCCAACAUCGGGCGAGCGUGUCCGAUACCGAAACCAGGCGGAAAGGUCGGGGAGCUACUGGGAUUCACGAGGAAACAACCGCCAUCUCAGGAUGAGAACAAGACACAAGUCGACAGGGGGGCAUCCACGGCCGUGGGCACCAUCAAGGAUCAGAGCGGAAGGCAUAUCGAAAAGGAGAUGCGAAGAUUACCGAUGGCAUGCCAUGUGAAAUCGAGCCUGAUGAUUGUCGGGCCAAUGAUUGCAAUAUUGGCUGAAAGCUGUCGAUCUGGGUAG